AUGGGUAACAUCUUCGGGAACCUGUUCAAAGGCCUUUUUGGCAAAAAAGAAAUGAGAAUUCUUAUGGUCGGAUUGGAUGCAGCUGGUAAAACAACUAUUCUAUAUAAGUUGAAGCUUGGAGAAAUUGUUACAACUAUCCCUACUAUUGGAUUCAAUGUCGAGACGGUUGAGUACAAGAAUAUUUCUUUCACCGUAUGGGAUGUAGGAGGUCAAGAUAAGAUUCGACCAUUGUGGAGGCAUUAUUUCCAAAACACGCAAGCUUCUUUUAUAUUGCUAUCGGAAGAGGAAGCUGGACUGGGUCUUAUUUUCGUCGUGGACUCGAAUGAUCGUGAGCGUGUUGGAGAGGCUCGAGAAGAGCUGAUGCGUAUGCUAGCCGAAGACGAACUCAGGGAUGCGGUUCUUCUCGUUUUUGCUAACAAACAGGAUCUGCCAAAUGCUAUGAAUGCGGCUGAAGUCACGGAUAAACUAGGACUACAUACAUUGAGAAACAGGUCAUGGUACAUCCAGGUGAGAGAUUCAACGAUGACUCAUACAUUUUAUUGAUC